AUGGACUUCAACAUUGGCUUCAUAGGCCUCGGUGCCAUCGGCUAUCCCAUGGCUGCAUCGAUUCGUCGAAAUUUGAAGCGCCAAUCUACCGUUCAUGUUUUUGACGUCAACAAAUCAGCCUGUGAGAAGUUUGUUCAGCAAUUUUCAAGCUUUGGACAGGUAGAAGUCGCAGCAAGUCCACGCGAAGUUGCUGCCGCAGUAGAUGUGGUGAUUUCCAUGGUGCCCGGAGCACCAGAAGUAUCGAAGGUCUAUCUCGACGUUGGAGAUGGCAUCAUUUCCGCUCCCAAAAACCCACAAAGACUAUACGAAAGGCUUCUCAAGGGACAUAUGUUGAUGCCCCUGUUUCCUACAUUUGAGCCAUCAAUGGCAACGACGCUUUCUGACUCCAACUUACCCCAGGGAGGCGUACCAGCAGCGGAAAAGGCGACUCUCUCAUUCAUGAUCGGACGCAAACCUGAUGAUAAGGAGGAUCACUUAUCUCAAAGACUACGUCAGGUAGUUUCAAUGAUGGGCGACCCUGAAAAGCUCUUCUGGUGCGGUGACGUUGGUUCGGGACUUGCUGCUAAGAUCAGCAACAACUACAUCUCCUGCUCUAUUCUACUUCUGAUAUCUGAAGCUAUGGCAAUCGGAGUAAAGUCUGGAGUGGAUCCAAAGAUGCUUCAGAAAAUUAUUCACAACUCUACCGGUCAAACAUUCAUGGGAGAUAAUAUGUUUCUCAAGGAUCUGUCUCUGGGCAUCGAUGCUGCAAAACAGGAGAAUAUCCAGCCGACGAUGGCAGAAGCGGCUUAUGGAGUAUUUGAAAAAGCCUCCAAGGACCCCCGCUGUAUCGAUCGUGACGGCUCCUCGGUCUACCUUUACGUCACAGACUCAAAGACUUAA